CCACCUUGCGACUGGUCGGGGUCGGCGAAGGCGAACAGGUCGCGAAGUUUGCCAUGACAAACCAACACAGGUGGGUCUUCGGCUGUCAAGACACUCCCUUAAAAGCAUAAACCGGCAAAUAAAUUUUCAUAGCGCUAUUGCAUCCACACUUGCAGCCCCAGGAAGCGCAAGCGCGAUAACAUCGCAGGGCUGACUCACAAUAGUUCCCAGUCGCCUUCUGGCUAUGUGCGGCGUGACGUAUGUAUAAUCAAAGCUUACUUUCAUGCAUUGCUUAAGCGUUCCAUGGAAUAAAAAUACACGGUCGCUGCACGCCCGCGCGAAGGCGACACUUAAUACAGCGGCGCGGGAGCUCGGGAAAAGGGACAUUCCAGGCAAAUGCAGAGGUACACCUACGUGAGCACCCUCGGGGAGGGUGCGUACGGCACCGUAUGGCGCUGCACCGACAACGAGACCGGGCAGGAGGUUGCAGUCAAGGCCCUCAAGAAGGCGCACGAGGAUGCACUGAUUAUGCGUCUUGCGGUGCGGGAGGUCAAAGUGCUGCGCAAGCUGGCGCACCCCAAUUGCGUCAAGCUACUCGAUGCCUUCAAAUCUAAAACCGGGCGUGUGUACAUGGUGUUCGAGUUCGUUGGCCCCUCCGCACACGACAUGCUGGAUGCACACCCGGAGGGCUUGCCGCGCGACGCGCUAAAGCUGGUGUGCUGGCAGCUGCUGAGGGCGGCAGCCUACCUGCACCAGGAAAAGCUGUUGCACCGCGACAUCAAACCUGCCAAUGUGCUGGUGGACACACGCACGGGGGUGGUGCGGCUGUGCGACUUCGGCUUCGCGCGGCCCUGCAACAGCAGCGCCAAAGAGGCGGAGCAGUGCACGAGCUAUGUUGUCACUCGCUGGUACCGCGCGCCGGAGGUGCUGGUGGCCGCGCCCUACGGCCCUGCCUCGGACGUGUGGAGCAUUGGCUGUACCAUGGCGGAGCUCGCCACCGGGCGACCCCUGUUCGUGGGCUCUUCCACCGCCGACCAGCUCCGCCGCAUCAUGCGCUGUCUUGGCCCACUUUCGCCGCCGCACAUGUCCCGCAUCGCCUCCGACCCCCGGCUCGCGAACGUGCAGCUGCCUGACCCGCACCUGACGCUGCGGCAGCGGCUGCCGGAGGUGGAGCCGCGGCUGCUGGCGCUCAUCUACUGCUGCCUGCAGCCCGACCCGCAGCUGCGGCCCACUGCGGCGGAGCUGUUGCAGAUGCCGUACUUCUCGGACGUGCACAAGCUGGCUCAGUUCUCGGACGCGAUGCGCCCGUGGCUGCCGCCGCCGGCGGCGGCUACUGCCAGCAUCAGUCAGCAUGAGGUCAUGAGUGAUCCCGCCGGCAGUAGCAGCCACCAGGCCGGCAGUAGCAGCCACCAGGCAGGCAGUAGCAGGUGUAACGCCAGCAGCAGCCAGGACCGGGGAGAAGCGAUGGCGCUAAGAAAGCGCGCACUGGAGGCGACCGGGCCAACCGGCGGCGCCAGCAGCGUGGCAAGCUCAUCGGCGGGUACCCCGGGAGCCGCCGCAGCCAGCAUCAGCGGCACGGGGCAGCCGCAGACGCACGUGCCACAUAGCACAGCCGUAGAUCGCCCUGUGUCGGCGCUUGCAGCCAAGGCUGCACGACGCAGUUGUGAAGCCGCCGUCUACUCCGACAACACGGCGACACAGGCGCUGACAGCAGCGCCGCAGACGGGUGCCGGGGCAGCCACGCCUGCAGGUGCUGCAUGGGCGGUGCAGCAGCAGCUGCCGUCGCUGAGCGCGGCCGGGGCAGCCCACAUGGUGGCGACAUCCGUGGGACCGUCACGGCGGCGGAAAUCAGCGUGCACCCCGUUCGCCCACGCGGCCAUUGCGGCGGCUGUAGCGGUGGGUGGGGCGUCGGACGCCGCGUCCACAUCAGCCGUGCCGAUGGACGUGUGCGCUGAGGAGGUCGCCCCUGCUACAGCGCCGCCUGCCGCGGCGUCAACGACACGUACAGCAGCUGUAGCAGCUGUAACGGCAGGCAGCGCCUUUCAGCCCCGGCCGCCGCCGGCUGUAGCACCACCAGCAUCAUCGGCUGCUGUUCAGUUCAUCAGCAGCUUGCAGGCCGAGGCCGCCGCAGCCACAUUUGGCCCUGUGCAGCAGCGUCGCCGGCCGGGCCGACACCAUUCCAUGUCGUUCUACGAGCAGUCGCUGCAAGCCAGCCGGCUCGGACAGCAGCAGCCUGGGUUGACGGCAGCGGCACAGCACCCGUUCCCGCAGCAUCAGGCAGCAGGAUCGCUUCCGGCGAGCGGCGUCCAAUCAGGGCCGUCUGUGGACUUGAAGCCGCGGGGCCGCCGUGGCAGCACGGACCUGUGGCGUGUCAAGGCCGGCGCAGACAUUGCGGAGGCGGCGGCGGAGGCGGAUACGGGUCAUGGAUCCGACGCCGCUGCUGAUGGCCCUGUCGGAACGCCGCUGGCUGCAUCGGCGGCGCUGCUGGCGACCGCGAUGAGUGACGGCGGCUCCCUCAGCCGCAGGCUGCUGCUGACCUCGCCCAUGGGUGCAGGCGAGGUGGCUGCUGACGCCGCCGCCGCCGCUCACUCCCCGCUGCGGGCCUCCCGGGGUUCGAUUUCGGCACUCGGCACCGCGCGUAGCAGCUGUGCCGCCGCCAACGCCGCCAUUGCCGGCGGGACCGAGGCGGCAGUAGCCUCCGGCGGCUCGAGCUGCUGUGCAGCGGGAGCACCGGCAGCAGCUGUCGCCGGGCCUGCUGCGAAGGUUGAGGUGCUGACCGCAAUGGAUGGGCAGCAACAGCGCAACGCCCCGCAGCAGCCACCCUCUCGGACGCCGGCUGCUGUCCCCACGCAGCAGCCCUCCGCGCCUUCCGCUGUAGGCGCAACCACCAAUGCCAUCUCCACCGCCUCCGCUGCCGCUGGUGCUGGCAGGGUAGGCGGGGCCAGCGCCAACUGCAGCCGCAACCUGCAAGGCCGUGCCAACAUGGAAGCCAGUUGGAGCCUGCUCACGACAUCCAUUAGCGAGCACGUGGGCGCAUCUGCUGAUGCUCUUGCGACUGGUCCAGAUGCCGCUGCAGCUGCCAGCGGCAGCCAGCAAAACGUUGGUGGCAAUGGGAGCGCUAUUGCGCUGAUGAACCUUGGACUGCUGGCAUCGCGCUCGCCGUCCCCCACACAUCGCCGCGGCCGUCGCAACAACGCUGACGCGGCGCGGCGUGUGCGUGCCGGAGACCCGGACGCAGUAGGCAGCGGUGCAAGUGCAGGUGCAAUGAUAGACUCAAGCGGCGGCAGCAACUGCCAUGGCGGCCUGGAGCCAGCCGACGGCUCCUCGGCGGCGGCGCCGGCGUAUUUGCAGCUGUCUCUGGAUACCGUAGUCGCAGGGCAGCUCGCUUCAGGCAGUGCCGAAGACAGCGCUGGGAUGCUGUUGGGUGGUGGUGGCGGUGGUUGUGCUGGUAGAGGUGCGCGCACGGCCGCGAUGAUGGCCGCCGCAGUGAAAUCAGCCGCGGCUGCGGCCGCUGCUGGCCGCCGCUCGCAGGCCUCCACCAUCAACGGUGGCGGCGCAAGCUGCUUCGCGCACCUGAGCACGCACGGCUCCCUGCUGCCGUCGCCGACUGCUGAAGCACCUGCCGCUGAUGAGCGAGCCUCAGCAGUUGCCUCCGCGUCCCGCCACGACCGCUCCUCAGGCUACGGCCGUGUGGCCAUGCAGCAGCAGCUGGGGCGGCAGCAGCAGAGCAGCGGCGUUGCGCGCCGCCCGCCCCUCGCCCUGUUGCUCAGCACAGCGGGCUCGACCGGCGGCGGCUGCGGCGGCCUCAUGACCACAAUGGACUAUUGGGAGGAGAUUAUGACACCCGUAGGGGCGCCCUCCAUACACUCCUCGCUGCGCAGCGGCCUCCUGCCCCACGUGAGACCGCAGCAGCCGCUGAACGCAGCCCAGCAGCAGCAGCUGCAGAAGCAGCGCAGCAGCCGCAGCAGCUUCCUUGCCUUCCGGGCUGCCUUCCCGGCAAGCGGCGGCGGCGGCAGUAGCAGCUGCACCUCAGUGGUCCCGGUGUCGUGUGCAGCCACAGGCGCUGGCGGCAAUAGCGAGUACAGCAGACUACUGACAGCAGAGAGCGGUGGUGUUCCAGCCUCGGUUAUGGUCACGGCCACGCACGGUGGCAUAGCUACAGCCGGCAGCACCAGGGCGGCUGUAGCAUCCCUUGAUCGCGCUUCCAGCAGCUACAUCCACCGCCUGAGCAACGGCGGCGGCGGACUGGAUCCGGUACUUGAGCACGUCGUGAACGCGCUCAACCGAGCCGCCAGCGUCACGGGUGACAGCCCGCUCACCUCCCAUUCGCGGUCGCACAAGAGGAUAGCACACGCCACCAGUUCUGCAAGCUGCCGCAGUGCCCCAGGCAGGUCCAGCGUGCACACGUGUGGCGGCGGUGGCCUUAAAUCAUCGCGGAUUUCAACGGUGGAUGAAGCCGAGGAGGUCAGCUGCGGGAACACCGUCCGCGCUGCCGCGGCGGUGGCGGCGCUGCGUGGGAGCAACAGCUCGGAAGCUGCUGACGCGGCGCAUGGAGGUGACGGCAACGACUACGAGGGCCCAGUUGACGUCUGCACGCUUGAUGCGGGACCUGCUAGCCUGCACGGCGCAACCGCAGCAGCCAACGCAACAGGGUUUAGCAGCGUGUGUCGGUCGGGCCUGCUGCUGGAUCCCACGGCCGCCGCCGGCAGCACGCCACCGCUCAUGCGGAUGAUCGCCGGCCCGAGCUCUUCACCCUCGUCGUCGCUGCUGCCGAUGCCAGAAGCGAUGGUGUCGCCUACGGGCACGUCUGGCGCCUUCCUGCGUCGCCACCACAACCGGCUCGUGCACUGCGCCUCCAACAACACGGCCACCUCUAACCUCGAACGCUCCUCCACCAACCCUGCUGGCAGAAUGACGCCUGGCGGGCAGAAGGAUUGCAUCCGGGACGCAUUUGCGGCCGGCUCGCCGUUUGGCGCUCUGGUCGCUUCGGCCACCGGGGAGCUGGUGAUAGCAGCCGGCGAAUCGAGCAACUCGAGCAAGUCACUGUUUGGCCUGAACCGGCGCGCCAAAGUAGCUGCGGAGGUUACGCCUGGAGGUGCAGGUGGCAGUAGUAUUGCACGUACGGAGGCUCACCAGCAGCAGCAGGCGCUAGCUCACCCAAUGUCAGCUCUGGGUGUGUGGCCGGUGUCUAGGCAUCACACCGCGAUCUCGGAAGGGCAGAGCGAGGGACGGACAUCAGACACGGGCCACACAGGAGCGGGCAGCCGCGGCGUUGCUAUGGCCGGACACAGGCUCCUUGCGGCGGCUGUGCACAACCACCAGCUACAGCCGUCUGCUGCUACUGCAGGUGCGGUGCUUCUGCCAGCAGCAGCUACUGCAGCAGCCAGCAGAAGCGCGGCGCUGCCGCUGGUUGUUGCAGCCGCGCCUGAUUCGGCUGCAGCUCGACAGCCCGCCGCCAGGGCUGUUCCCGACACCAUGGCAAACUAUGGCAGUCGCAGCAGUGCGCCAAGCGGCCUGCGGGGCCUGUGGAAGUGCGCCAGUGGUGAUGUCGCACAAACGAGCGGAGGCGGGAGCAAGCAGAACGCAGAAGGCUGGCAUGGGCAGGCAGUCACGGUGCCUCACGGCGGCGGGGGCUUGAAGAAGGCCCUUGCUCGAAUGGUGAAAGCGGUCAAGAACGGCCUUUCUUCGGGUCCAUAACUAUUAUUUGCGCGCAGUGUCACCACUGUGUGAUUACGUGAAGAAUGGGCCCGAGCACCUUGGAAGCUUGUGGAGAUGCCCGUGGUGAGGCAUGGUGGCCACGCCAGGCCAAGGCUUCUCUUGAUUACAUUAAAUUGGUUGUGUGGGCGAUGGCUAUUAUGGGGGAGGGGGCGAAGGGAACCUAGUGCGGGGACUCGUUGAUGCGCACGUCGGACGCAUGUACGGCAUCAGUGGACGCACGCCAUCAACAUACAAAUCCCAAUCAAACGGUUCACGCGCAGAGCUUGCAGCAAUGCCAAUGCGCCUUUGGAAGGGGCAAACCUUGGGGCAAACGCUUCAGCGCGGCACCCAACUAAUUCAGAACCUUUUGUCUAUUUUAAUUUACUUGCGGGACAGGGCACGGGGGCAGGGUCACACUUUUUACGCAUACUUGUGUAUGCGGUGUACCCAUGUUUUGGCACGGAGGCGCGGCACGUGCAAGCGCAGCACGUGAGCACGUAGUACUGUUUUUUGCGCGGCACGAGCACGCGGUCACCUUGUUUGUAGAUGCAACAGCGCGGCGCUUUUAUGCUUCCGGCGUUGAGGAAGCGCCAAGGCACGCUUAUGACUUCACAGAUGGGUAAUACUCAGCAGUGGUCUACGCCGGCCACCAGAGGCCACAGGCGGCCAUGGACACAGAGAGGUAGACGACGUUUAUGGCCAGGCUGUUUGGUCUCUUAAUGUCGGCAGGUUGAAGCGAGUCGGCUUGGACCGCAGACCGCAUGUCCCGUGGGGCUGUUGAAGUUUAGGAUUGUAGGGUUGGGGCUCGGAAUGUCACCUGCCAUAGAUUGUGACUUUGAAAUCUCGUAUCAGACGUUGCAGGACUAUUUGAUGAGCACUCGUCAAUAAAAUGAGCAGCCGCGUACUAGAGGGUCAAGGUUAUCUGCGCUCUUAUCCUUAAGUGUGCGCGGGGUUAUGGUAUUGUGGGCCUUCAUCUUUGCUUGGGAUUUGGGUGCACGCGUUGGUCUGGCGAUACCUAAGUCCUAACAGUAUUGCGUGGGCGGAGCAAUUGAAUUCGAUUGGAUUGAUGACAGGGGGGUUCAGACGGCCGUCGGGCAAGGACGGGCGCGCACACACUCUUGGCUCCGAGUCCUGCCACUGUCCACACACAUUAUUCACAUCACAUGGUGGGUCAGUUUUGGUGAUGCCCUGAUCAUGGCAUGAUUGAUCUUGCUUCUUCGCCCUAGAUGAGCUUCAGAGUCCGUAGCAGAGUCGGCGGAGACAAGAGCAGGCUGGUAUGAGUCAGCGGAGACGAGAGCAGAGCUUGUACCGUAGCAGAGAGGGCGGAGACAAGAACGGUGGCUUAACCAAAUAUUAAUACGUGAUAGUCAGCGGAGACAAGGAUUGGCCCAUGACGCUGUGACAUUGCGUGAGGGCAAAGCGUGGCGCAGGGAGGUGCCGAGGUGGCACACGGUCGCCCAAUCGCCCGUCCACUUUGUGAUCCGGGCAUCCCAAAUAUGGCAGUCGGCGUUCGGUAUUCGGUAUGACCUGCAGUCGGGACCUGCGCUUGGUCUGCGACCUGAGAUGCCCUGAGGUGCCUGGGUCCUUUAAUUGUUGUUUGCCUCG